UCUUUAGAGUUGGGAUUUAUCCAAUGAGUACAGAAAUCUUUUUUUGAAAAAAAAUAACUGCAAAUAUUUAAAUUCAUCAUUUUAGUCUUAAGAAUGAUGGCCAUUGAAAUUAUUUUCAAGGAUGAUAACUAUAUCCAUUCAACACGUGCAUGUUGAUCACAAACAUCAUCAUAAAUUCCCAUAUGGUUUAUAUUAUAUAUUAUCAUCAUAGCAUUUUAUAUUAAUUAUUUUUCUUUUUUUAUAUAAAGCAGAAUAUUAAUAUAAGGGCAGAAAGAGGAAAAUCUCACAAAAAGCCAACAGGUAGCCAAUGCCUGACGGGUGGCAUUGUUUUCUGCAUUUUGUUCUCAUUAAAAUUGUCAAUAUGGAGGAAUUUAAGGAAGUAAGAUAUCACAGUACAGCCAUUAGAGUAACAGAAUAUUUCAAGAUAUGCAUACAAUCAAUUUCUUUAUUCUGUUUGUGAGCUAUGCUUCCUACCUGCCCCACUUGACUAAAUUUAAAUAUUCACUUACCAUCUGCUAAUUUAAAGCUCUAUACCCAUUUAGUGGAGAGAAAGACUUCCCUUUUUUUUUUUUUCUAAAUUGACCCACUAAAGUUUAAAUUCCGAGCGCUCACAACCUGAAAACAAUUCAAAUAGCUAUACAUUAUAAGCUGUAUGAAGAAUCCCGUUAUUCUUAGAAAAAAAAAAUUAGUGAUUUUUAUAGGUUUUUCAUUUUAAAUUUAUAGUUUAAUUUAUAUUAAAAUAAAUUCUCAUAAUUGAAAAUGUGAUAUUUGUUUUACUUUCCCUUUCUUCUUAAUCAGUAUUUAAAGCCACCCAUUUCUUUUCCCACCUCUUACUCCCAAGCUACCAAUAGCAAUACACUAAAGCAUGGAAAAUCUCCCUCCAUUGCUCUACAGGAACCCAAGAAGGAGCCCCAGGCAAUCCAGCAGAUACCUUGGAGUCCGCCGGCGGCCAUGGGGAAGAUAUGCUGCAGAGAUUCGAAAUCCAUAUACCAAAGAAAGACACUGGCUUGGCACUUUUGAUACUGCUGAAGAAGCUGCUAUAGCUUAUGAUCUAUCUUCUAUCUCCUUUAGUGGCAUUGAAAGAGCUCGUACCAAUUUUUACUACCCUUUCUGGUGUUUUCCUCCGUCUCCUCCACUGCCAGCGGCGGCAGUGCCUCCACCUCCUCCUUCACCAACUCCAGCUCAUCAACGGGAAGAGAGUGGUGAAUCACUUAGCAUGGAGAUUAUGACUACCUCAUCACAAGAUGAUGAAUCUAUGGUUAUUGCUUCAAUCUUACAAAGCUUUUGCCAAUCUACUACUGGUUCCUUCUUUCCAUAAGCUUAUUAUGCAUGUUCCUUCAUUAAUUUCUUUAUAAAGCUUAAUUACUCC